GCAGCUGCGGGAAACCACCUGCUGGAAGACCCGUUGCCAUCUGUGCGUGAGUCUCCUGUUAGUGCAGCUGCUCGUGAUGGGCCUCGACGCCACAGAAACACGGUGGCUGUGCUUAUCCGUUGCUGUGUCGCUUCACUUCGCCAUGCUGUCGGCGUUCACGUGGGGGGCCGUCGAGUCUUUUAACAUGUAUAUGAAGUUUGGCAAGGUAUGGCGUCCGCAGAGGUCAUUGGUCAAGUUCUAUGUGGGCGUCGGAUAUGGCUUCCCCGCUGUGGUAGUUUCGACGACCCUUGCUGUCAGUAAGACUCACGGUUAUUACACUGAGACAACAUGCUGGUUGGCACCCGGGGCGAUGAUGUGGACAUUCUUUGGCAUCGUGGCACUGAUCCUAGCUAUAAACCUCCUCGCCUUCGUGAUGGUGGUGCGCUUGGUCUUAGCGCGAACGAUGAAGGCCAAGAGUCCUCAGCCAGCUGGCACUGAUAGCAAAGGGCAGACUGACCGAAUCUGGGGCACCCUUACCAUCUUCCUCGUCCUCGGCCUCACCUGGUUGACCGGGAUUCUCUACGCCGCUUUCGGAUCUACCGCCCUGGCCAUCGUCUUCAUUCUGACCAACAGCUUCCAAGGCGUGUGGAUGUUCAUCUUCGGAAUCGUGUUGAACAGGAGGGUCCGUGAAGAUGCUGUGAAACUUAUGCUCAGUUGGCGAAAAGGAAGAGACGAGAUGGAACCAUCGGUCAGAUUCACAACCUCAAACACAUUAGAUUCUCAAGUAGACACCGGGAAAUGAAAAUCCUUUUACUCACCCAUUCAUUCAUUCAAGAGGUGGACCAAAG